CCCUCAAGCCUCUACCAUGAAGUGGUUCCCUCUCAAACGUCGGCUUCUGCCUCGGCCGAGAUCGUCCAACUCCCAACCGACCGAUCUUCCCGUCAAGUCCGGUGACAAGUAUGAUGAAGCUUCAGGGCAAGUGUACAGAGAAACAUAUGUCUCCAUUCCGAGCGGUAAUGACCAAGACUGGGCUCGAAAGAGACACGUCGUUCGCGAGCAGCACGAGAAGGACCAUCUUGGCUACGAACCAGCCUAUGGCGCCGAACAUCCGAAGACCAGAGCUUCCAAAGGUGGUAGAUCUCUGCAAGACAUCGCUAUGGAUACCGUGCUCGACAAUAUUGCUAAUAUCACCUUGGAGUACCUCGAGUCUCUUCCCUCUGUGUUGGUGGAUCGUAUCUGGUCUGAAGUAAAUCAGAGUACUAGGAUGUCUUUUGACGUGUGGAAAACUUUCUCGAAAUUGCUUCAAAAUCGAAACGAAACCACACUCAGAACCUUGAGAUACCGUGAAGCAAUCGAAUCCCCGAGAUCCCCUCUAGAGACAUAUACCUCCCCCUUGGCCUCAAACUCCUUCGAAUUCAUAACUAUCCUCAGUAUCACAACAGCAUUCAACUUACGUGACCUUGUCAAGCUGUCUGAGAUUCCGAAUAUUGGCGUUCUUGAAAUCGUUAGGACAUCCGGAACAGUUCAGUGCGUCAUCUCAGAUCGAGUGGUUCGGGCCUGGAGUCUCGCGGCUGUGAACGACGGAGCGUUCAAAGUCCUGAGAAUUCUCAGACUUUGGAACCAGUUGGACGUCACAGGCAAAUCGCUGAGCUACCUCAAGGACUUCCCUGCUCUCGGUGUCUAUGAUGUUCGAGGCUGCGGUUUUAAUCUUCGUUCCCCUACCGACGCUCGUCUUCUAGGCUGGAAACCGACCGUCGAUCGUAGCGUGCUCAAUGUCCUGCAUGCUGCUUGUGUUGAAAGAGCAAUCAUCUUGCGGGAAAACCUUGGCUUAGAUCCUCAGCCCAUCCGCAGAGCAUCCGCCAAACAACUCUGGGAUGGGGCCAAAGUCUGGAAGCUUCCUCGUGGAGAGGUGGCUGCUUUUCUGACUCGAGAUGAGACGUCCAGUCCAGGGACCCCAAGAAUCGCCGAAUUCGCCCUAGACUUGAAUAGGCUGAGCGCAGCUGCAGAUAGGGUUGCAAGAAUCAAUCCAGGAAUCGAGGGCAAUUUUCGGGCCUACUUCUGGGAAACAAUGGAUGACUACACCUUUGAAGCGAGCCGGAUGAAGAUGACUUGGGAAUUCCAGCUCUACUCAGCGUAUGCUCGACUUGGAGAGCUCAGAAAUGAUCGUGAUUUGUUGAGAGCCGGAAUUGAUAUUGGAGAUCAAGCAAUGGUGGGUAAAGAGUUGAUUAAUUCCGUCCCUGUGGUUUCGAUUCGUCUUGGUCCAACAUCCCCGGAAUUGCGUCCUACCUCCGCAGGCAACGGCUCCCACAAGUCAACUUACGGUAGUGCAAUGGCCAGUAAUAACUCCUACUCGUCGAAUCGAAUCGCAAGCCGCUCUGACUUCGAUCCCAAGAACUUGUGCUUCAUUCGAGUCGAGGUCCCCUUGGAAGCACAAGAAUCAGCAGCUACAACCCUUGGACAAGGGAAGAAGACUAAAGAAUCCGGACGAAAGCGAAACAGCUUCAUGAGUUUGGCGGAAAGUAAAAGGAUGAAACUGAGCGAGGUUUUAGAAUCCUUCCUUUGAAAACAAUGUUUGCGAUAUUGCGGGAGUUUCAUUGGAGUUUGCGAUGUUGCAGCAACGAUACCCCCAUGAGUUCUUUCUUUUCAUUUGAUUUGCAGGCGCGAGAACAAUGAUACCCAGGAGUUUGCGGAUUGGAGUUGCGGUGGUUUAUGAGAGAUGCUUGAGCUGGGGACUUAUGGUCGUACCCAUUCCGAACAAUGGGGAGCUUGUGAAAUGCGUGAGACCUGGCUGGGGUUUGCAUGUAAGACUGAAUUAGCUCUCACUCGAGAUAACACCUCGCCCAAGUCUAGAAAAGUAAAUGAAAAACUUGGAAAAACUG